GGAUAGAGCUCUUAAAAUAAUACCGUCCACCUGAUACCGUCGGAACUCAUGGGUACAACGAACAUUGUCCGAUACCUCGACGACAAGUGCCGAUGCCGACCAGGAAUUUAAAGGUAAAAAACAUGGAGUUUACAGGGAGUAAAGAUGAAACGGUGAAGUCUCCAGCCUUGCUGAGAGUUGUGAAAAGUUUAACAUCAAGUGGAGAAAACAAAAGUGAAAGAGAUCUUGAAAAGAAACGUCUGGAAUAUGAAUUUAAUGACCAAGAUCAAAUACUAAACAAGUUGGUUGAAGAAAGACAUGUCUCCUUGAAUUCCACUCUUCAGUCGUUUACUGGAAUUGCAUCAAGGAUAAAAGAUUCUCGUGAUAAAGUGAAGGUUUUGAAAGAAACUUUGAACAACUGCAAAAACCUACUGCACUGCAAAAGAGAUGAUCUUCGGAAACACUGGAUUGAAAGCAUGGAACUCAAUGAUGUUCUCUUCUUGCUGGAUAAAAUCGAUAAAGCAAGAAAUGUUCCUGAAGAACUUCAAAAAUACACCGAAUCAAAAUACUAUCUUCAUGCAACUAAACUUCUUGUGCAAACAGUGGAAGUGUUGGAUAAGAAUCUAAAAGGAGUGGAAGCAUUACGGGAACUGAGAGUUGACUUACAAACCAGAAAAGAGAGAAUGCACGAACGACUUCUUGAUGAAUUGAACAGACAUCUUUACCUGGAAUCAUCCAAAACCACACAGCUGAAAUCCCUAGGUCUUAAAGGAACCUUCUCACCAAAGCGAGAUGACAAAGAUCAAAGUAUUGUAAGCGUGGAAAGCAUCCCUGUUCCUGAAUCACCCGGUGGAGAGUUCAAACGCACUCAUAGAACCACUGCAUCAAGAAAUCAAAUUAUGGAGGAAACUUUGGCCGCAGAAAACUCCGAGGAUAAAGAAGAGUUCGUCCAUGAAGAUCUCCACAUUAAUCCUGAAUCCGACAGCGCUCAUUUCAUGACAAUCCUUGUUCAAUGUCUGGCUUUACUAGAGAAAAUCCCAGAAGCUACUGAGGAAUUGAAAAAUUGUAUGAAGCGAGAGAUGACUGGUAUCGUUCAUCGAGCCACAACAGAGGUUAAAGAAAGGUUGGGAAAUAGAGAAGAAAUGAAGUCUAAAUUGAAUGUUCUCCUAAAACUUUUGGAAGUUAUUUUUGAAAAGUUCAAAGGUGUCGCACGGGCACACGAGGUUGUUCUUAAAGCGCUACAGCGUGUAGCAGCUGAGGAAUUAAAGAAAACUGAAGAAACUCUUAUGCCGAUAGAUGAGGAAGAUGCCCAUGAUACGGAAGUCGUUGAAAAAUUGACGAUUAGAAAAUUCGAACAAGAAGCAACAAAACUCUACACAAUGGAGGACGUUUGGUCGGAGAUCCAGUACACGAUCCAAGGUCUGCUCAGUGAUUAUCUUGACAUACAAAACAGACAAUCACCUCACCAUACAGCUCCGGCAUUGUUCUCGGAGUCUGAAAUGGAUAUUUCUUCUUUUUUCUCCAUGAAAAAGAAAGGCGCUCCUCCACCAAAAAAGAUCCCAUUAUUUCGCUUCGAGGGCUCGUCUUCAUCUCUCAGUAUGAAUACGUACAUCCGGGAGAAGAGACAGGAGGCUGCUUCACCAUUUAGUAUAACUGAGGAGGAAGAUCCUUAUGGAAAUGAGAUUUACAAAACAAAACCAGAGUUACUUUGUCCUCCAAGUAUCAAGAAUAUAACAGUUAUUUUUCGCCCAGUGAUGAAAUUCGUGGAGACAGUCGAAUCUUCCAUGCAUUGCGAUUCAAAAGAGAGAUGUCUUUUGUAUCAGUUCAUCACUGACUACGUGAAAGAUGUCUAUCUUGGAGAGAAACAAUAUGAGAUUAAUCAACAAAUUGAUUCAGUCACAAAAGGUAACGAUGGUUUUAAGACACUCGUUUCCGCAUCGGUCACAAAAACUCUCGAAGCUGAUCGACCAUUACUGAAGAGCACUGUGUUAGUUGAAGAAAUGAUUCAGGACUUGAAAGGUUUAAUGCAGUCUCUGCCGUUGUAUGCUUCAAAGUUUAUGGAGAUGAUUUGCGCAAUCCUGAACAACUAUAAAGAAACAUGUUACGCUGCAUAUAAAACUAUUGUUAAAGUCACCCAAAGCAAUUCUGUCUCGCCAAUCAUCAGUGCAACCUGGGCUAAAGAUGAGGACAUCAGUCGAUUGUUAAGAUCAUUACCAAACUGGACCAAUAUUCAUGGACAUUCAAAACCUCGGAAAAAGGAAAUUGAAGAAAAUUCUGAAGCAAUCCGUUUGAGAAACGAAAGGGAAUCAGAGCUGUUAAUUAACAACCUUAGUGAAGUCAUCAAAAAGAACGAAGUUAUUCUCAAUUCUGCAGAUCUCAAGACUCUGGCUAACUUACAAGAGAGCACGGAAUGGUUGACAAGCCGCAUAAAGACAUUCGCUAGUAACCUAAGCGCCAAGUCGACAGGAAUCAAUGUUGUCUCUCCCGGAUCUCACGAGAAAUUGAAAGUGCAAGAAAUCCCACCAAUUUCUGAAGAGAUGCUAAGAAUCUUGAAUAACCUUGGACAAGAAUUUCAAAACCUUGCUGAAAUGUGCCUGUUGGUUUUGCAUUUGGAAAUCCGUUGUCACUGCUUCUAUUACUUACUACAGGCUUUGAAACAGACCACUUACGUGUGCAGUGUUGAGUCUGUUGAUGCCGAUAACCUGGUUAUUCAGAUGAACAAGGAUUUGAUAACAUUGGAAGAUAUCGUUGCAACCAGUUUGGCGACACACAAGUUCAAAUACAUGUUUGAAGGUCUUGGUCAUAUGAUGUCAUCUCUCAUAAUCUCAGCUGCACCAACCGUCAAGAAAAUCAACUCAAAUGGCGUAAAGAAAAUGUCGAGAAAUAUUUUUGCGAUACAACAAAAUCUUCUGAAUAUCACGCAAUCUCGUGAACCUGAUUUGGAUAAAGCAAGAUUAUACUAUGACUUGCUGUACAAAAUUCCUGGGGAUUUCUUUGUUGUCUUGGUCGAACAAGGGGCCAAAUAUUCAGAUGCCGAAUAUGAAAACAUUCUCAAUUUGUACGCGCGAAGCCAAGCCGUGAUCGACAGGGAAGGGCAUAAACAAAGACUUACCAAACUUAAGGAAAUCCUGCGCGAACUUCGAGUGAACCAACAGACGCAGGUUUGAGCUAAAAUAAUUCUUACGUUAGAAAGAUGCCUCGAAGGAAUGCUCUGGAAAAAGGUUAGUUAACAUGGAGCUGUGUCCAAAUCCUGAUUGUUCACAUAUCUACCUUCUCUGAUUUCACUUGGGAGAAAAAAUUGGCGAUUAUUGGAUUUUGUUGAUGGGUAGUUUCGCUUGCCACUGUUUGGGUCUCCUAUAGUGCAAUACACGAAAAUUUUGCAUAUACUGGAAUACUACCAACGGCUACCAAUAUACUUUGAACUAAGGCGAACUAACCAACACGAGGAAUAUUUUAAACCUCUCAUGAAUGAGAACUCCGUUAGGCUUAUUCUGUAGAAAUAUAUAGAUUUAUAUAGAGAAAGAUUUUCGAUUAUUAAGAUAAAUGAAAAUGUUACUGGCGAGGUAUAUAUUGCUAUGUUUUUCAUAAAGCAAUUCACUAGCCGACAUUCAUAUUUUAAAUAAUUUAAUUUAAUUCACUGACAUUGACAUCCAAUUCAUUGACAUCUAUAAUGUUCAUGGAAUCUCUUGUUAAUAAGAACAGAUGAAAGAGUUCUGGUUGCAUUAACGACGAUUUAUAAAUAUCCUUGAAAAUGUAAACUUUAUAUUUGCGUAUUGCAAUGUCUGUCAACGUGCUCUGUCUACAGUGAAAACACUCUUCAGUCUCACCACAUUACAAUACAUAAACCACGUUGACAUUUCCGGUUUUUAGUUUAAAUAAAAACCUGGCUUUAUACUGCCUGAUCAUCGCAUUAAAACUCACUCAUCCCACGUCGGGUCGUACUCGGAUUCGUCCAUUUCCGGUGUUCACACGAAGCAAACCGGACGACAUCGAGCACGCUCCGGAAUUCCGGUCCGGUGAAUCUCAAGUGAAUGUCGCCUGUGAUAGCUUGGAUCUGCAAAUCUGUGAAUAAACUUAAUUUAAAACUAUACCUUAUACAUCUGACCCCAUUCACAUGGUCGUUUCAUUUUCACAUUUUAACACGAGUUUGAAAAGUGUUUCUGCGAUCCUAUUACACGCAGGUCAAGCAUUUGCUCGUACAAGGCCCGACGGGGUGGCGAUUAAUAUACGUAUACCUGUAAGUAUUUUCUCGCGGUAAUUUAUUCAGUGCAGGUAGAGCCGGUAGAAAGCCAGGAUAACCUCAAACAGUAUUGAAGAAAAGUAUAGAAGAAAUUUAGUACGAUCGAUAUUAUUUCAAAGAUAAUAGCAAAAACCUAAGAAAAUAAACAGACAAUUUUCUUCAAAUAUGCCUUGAUUUCGGGUACUUGGAAUGUAGACUGAAGAUAUUUACAGGUGUAGUCACCGAUUCCCAGUCAACUUGAAAUUUCUCAAUUCCAAUGCAGUUUCCCCAGGGUGAACGUUCUCUCGACAAUAUGUCAUCAGUUUACGAUGAGGUCCUCGCAGAUGGAUCAAUUCUGAGGCGUGUCUGUCCUUCUUGUGACACCCCUCGUGCCUUCACCCACGACGUUCAAU